UGGCGCCAGGCAGCCUUGAUACCGGGAUUCCUCACAAGCAGAAUGACAUUUCCUGCUUGUGGGGAUUAUGGAAAUAACUUUAGCCUACUGAUUUCCAAGCACUAGCAGUGUAUUUCUCGGCAACACAUUACUCUCUUCCAAGUCGUGAUCUACAUUAUGCAGCGAUCGGCAGUGAAAUGAGAGGACUGUAAUAAUCUUAACCUAACCUAGCCUUCAAAUAAAAAAAACAACCAUGGCAAGUGGUUUGUUGUCCCUUAAGUGGAACAACCACCGAAGUACCUUCUUCCACAUCCUCUCCACCAUCCGGAGCAAGGAAUCCUAUUGUGAUGUGACUAUAGCCUGUGAUGGAAAAUUUUAUCCAGUACACAAACUGGUAUUAUCAACAUGUAGUGAUUAUUUUGAACAGAUGUUUGAAAGGACAAACUGUAAACAUCCAAUUAUAGUGUUAAAAGACAUUAGAAGUCAAGAACUAGAAGCUUUAUUAAACUAUAUGUAUGUUGGUGAAGUUAAUGUGCUUCAAAAUGAAUUAGCUGGCUUGAUAAAAGCAGCCGAAUGCCUUAUGAUCAAAGGCCUAGCAGUACCUGAUGAAGCCCCUGCGAAAGAGAGCAAAGAAAAUAAGCGAACUUUUGUCGGGACAGAGGACAGUCCUUUGUCGAAGAGAAGAAAAAGAGAUGAAGAAAUUAGACCAUCUCCCUCUCAGAACCAACAAAUUCACAGAGAGGCGAGAGACACCACAGUGAACAGCCAAUCCCAAAGACAGUCCAGUAGUGCCUCAAUUCCAACUCCCUCCCCGACGGUGCCCAGAGUGCCGCCAAACCCCAUCUCCCCUUCUCCGUCAGCAGGAAGUGCCUCUGAGUCUGUGUCAGAGGACUGUAGUCAAGCUCACACCGAGGUGAAUGAGCAGCCCAGCCUUCCCAAUGCACAGGAGUCAGCGCAUCGGGCGGCCGAGCCGGCAUCUAGUCAGUCGCAGCAGGCAGUACCUGAGGUAAUCUUAGAUGAACCUGGUGUUAAAGAAGAACCCCAAGAGAUAGAGGAAGAGAUAACGGAUACAAAAGAAAUCUUCGAGUCGCACGAUUUUGAGCAUCCAGCUGAAGGGGACUCUCUGAGUGACAAAGGCCCGGGUGCUGGGGGAGGACCAACAGCAUUUGAGCCGCAGAUGUUGGGCUCACAACCUCAGUCUAUGGAGGACUUGGUGGCACAGGCCAUCCCAGGCUCUUCAGGCUUACAAGGAAACAAUGUUUCCUUGUGGGAAGGAGAAGGAAGCUUUCCUAUGGAAGGUUUUACUGGAGAUGCGUCUCGGCCUCCACAGAUGGAACAACGGCAGAGGGUGGUUGGUGGGCUGCCAAAGGUGAGCUGCAGUGGUGUCAUCACCCCAGCAACCCAGCACUGCCCCCCUCACCUCCAGCCGCAAUGGAGGAGCCAAGCUGCCCUCUCUGUGGUGAGGGCAGGGCAGGAGGGAAGUGGACUGUGUGCCUCCAUCACUGGGAAUGGCAGUGGUGGCGGGAGAUGGGGGGCAGAGAAGGCCUCGCCUCGCAUCCACCCUUGUCCGGUGUGCAAUAAACCCUUCACACACAAAGGCAACUUGAGGAAGCACAUCAGGGUACACACCGGAGAGAAGCCAUAUGCAUGUCACGUGUGCCCGUACCGUGCCAACCAAAAGAUCUUGCUUCAGCUCCACGUACAAAAACACCACUUGCGCACCAGUUCAGAAGGAGCCAAGCAGGAAUUGUCAAGCACAUUAGAAACACCACAUGACACUAAAGCUGGGAUUGAUUUCCAGUGAGUUCUUCCAGUGAAUGAAAGACCUCAAGAUUUGUACAGUUAUUUUGGCUUCUUUAAUCACAUCACUAUUAUCAAGUAGUAACACUUGGUAGCUACACUCUUAUAAAAACUUAUGGUGUUUGUCUGUAAAUUGCUUGAAAUGUAAAGAUAUCAAAGUUCAUGUGCCUGGUGAUCUGAGUUAAGGUUUCUCAUCAAAACAGACCAGUGGUUCAGAAUUCAGUUAUGCAAGAGAUAAUUCCUGUCUCCUAUUUGUUCUACAUGUGAGAAAUGUGUUUAAGAAGAAAAUGUAUGAAAGUUUACAUUUUAUAUUGGAAAUUUUAAUUGUUAGUUAACUGAAAAUUUGUAUUAUAUGAACUUCAUGAUGGAUAGUUAUUCUGUAAAGAAUUGGACUUUGUCAGUGAAAUCUUAAACCACUGAAUUUACGUUUUGGUAAAUGGAAGUGAUUACAUUUAGAUUCAGUGGAUUGGCAAUACUCAUAAUCAGUUUUUCUUUUUAUUAAUUACUAAACCAUGAAUAUUAGAAAGGUCAGGUUUUGUUACAGGGAGAAAAAAAGAUAAGAUUACAAAGAAGGUUUUUAGUGUACAAAGAGUCAGUAGAAAAUGUUUGAAAUUUUAUAGUUGAAAUUGCAAACUUUAUGAAAUUAAACACUGCAUAUAUGAAUUGACAAGUCAUAGAUUCAUGCACCAACACAAGCCUACAGUGAGAGUGAAGUGUUAUGAUGAUUCAAAAGGUUUGAAAUGGAUACACAAAACAAUACUGAUGACUUGUGUAUUGAAUAUCAGGGAGAAAUAACUUGAAAGUUACAAAUGUAUUCUUCCAACACAAAUAAGAAAUGAAAAUGUGGAGUUGAAUGAAGAGACUUCUUCCACGUCUCCUCACUGCAGACCUUCUGUCUCUACUUGAACAAGGUGUUUUCAAUGUAUAUGUGUACAUACCAUGUAUGAAUAAUAUGCUUGUUAGUGUUCAGGUUUUCCACAUUUAUAUGUGAGGUAUUGGAGACAAACAAAAGUACAUGAUGAGAAACUUCAUGUAUGAACAGGAAUACAAAGAUAAUUAAUACUUUUACUUUGUAAGAGUCCAACGAACACAUUAUGAUUUGGUUUGUAUGUACAGUAGCUCCCAAAAUUGUCUUUAAAAAGAAGAGGUCUACAUUCUGACAAAAUUAAUGAUAUUAUUUGACACGUUUGGUAAGCAUGGUGGCAACAGCUGGCAGCCCUGCACAAUAGGGAUGAUUUCCCAAGAUACAUGUAACAUAAUACACUAUGCUGCAGUAGGUUAUAAUCUGUAACAUAGAGUGUAAGUAUUAUGUAAUGGUUCUUCAUUGAUAUGUUGGAGGAUGUUUACAAUCAAAUGAUGCCAUUGAUUGGCAUACCAGCACCACUAAUGCCAAGCCAUGCGUGCCACCCUUGUCGACCUGGCGUGUGGUCAGGUAGCAGGCUUCAAAUUCUUCAAUAUGUCACUAUUCAUAUCGCAAUUCAAAGAAAGUUUUGGGAGCUUCCAUACAUGUUGUGUUAAUUGAUCAUACAGUGAUGGUAUCAUUCAUUGCAGGGCCCUUCCUACUUAAUACAUGAGUGUAUUACCUACUACAUUUGUACAGUGGUUCAGUAUUUAGGAAAAAUAGAUAAGUAUAAAAUGUAUUUUUAUGUACAGAAAACUAGAGAUAUACAUAUAUGCAUACAUAGUCAGGGAAUGUGAUUUUUGUGAUUCAAUAGGUCAGUGCUUGCCGUGAAGUGUUAGAGCAUUACCAGCAACAUUGUGAAUGUAGGUGUAGGCAAGGAAACUAUUUAAAUGGUAGAACGUGUGUUAUUAUCAUCUCUCUUUCUAUUCAUUGGCAGUGAAUGAUUUUUUUGUUGACAGUAGCCAUCCCAUGGCUUAUUUUAACAGUAAAUUCUGUCAUGCUGCUCUUUACUAGUGGUUAUGUAGAACUGAUGAGGGAGGAAAUUACUGAAAUUGUGUCAGAUGACCAAAGCUUUGAUUUAAAUAGGCAUUAAAGUUUGCAGAAAACAUAAUUGACUUUUAGUUUGAGAGCAAACCAUGCAGCUCUCCAUGAUGAGGAAAAGUGUAUAUUCACCUCAGGAGUGUGUUCCUCAAAUGAGUCUUGAAAGAAGCACAGGUGCAUGUUUCACCUUUCUAACAGUGAGACGUCAGACUGUAGUGUAGUUCGUGGAUGUUUCACUGUUCUAUAGUGGAACCAGACUAACUUGAUACUUUGGGUGUUUGUUGUACCUCUCUGUGCUGUUGCCACCUCAACCCUGGAGUGACCUGACCUGACAGUGGCCAGCAGGGCAUGGCCUGGAGGAUUCACAUGUCAAGGACAUUGGGAAGGCACUGCCACAUGGCAAGUUUAUUGUAAGAUAUACAGUGUUGUUUCAUCAUCAAAUCGAAAGCCAUUAAAAAAACAUGCAGUUGUAUAACAACUUAUAAUUUUAGAAUAAUUAAGGCAAAGGGCGACAAUAUGAACAAAGAGAGAGAGAGGUGUUCAUAGGCCUGUCAGCUGUGAAUGCGACACUAGUGUGAGACAGGAACAGCCAAUACCCCAAGCACCAAGUUAGUCUGGUUCCACUAUAUAGCAGUAAGACCUCUGACCAUACAGCGCGAGACUCAAUUCAGUGUGAUUCAUGUUCCUAGACACCUUUGACCUUCUCUCCUAGAGAAGACUAAAGGCUUGUUGCCCAAAGAAAUAACUUGAAAAUUCUUUGAUAUUGUCAUUUGAGUCUUUGUUGUUACAUAGGUUUCAUAUGGAUUCUGAUUAGUAUUGUAAGCAUUAUGAAAUUGCAAAAAAUAGUCUUUGAUAAAUGCUAUGAACUUCUUAUGGAACAAAAUAUUGUUGCCAAUAAUUUUUUCAUAGUUUUGAUUCACUAAUCGAUUGGAGGUUUAGAAUUUAUAAAGUCAUCUUGAUUGAAUUACAGAAGUUAGAAUCUGAAGGCCACAGACAAGGGUGCUUCCUGCCCUGCCUGGUGCAGCGUCUUACUCACCACAGCCUGGCAGAUCACACUGGGGAACUUUUAUUAUUCAUUUGUUUACUUGACUUUCUUAUCAUUUAAUUCCAUAGAAGCAUAGCCACAUGCAUUUUUGGUGAAUUUUGUUAAUACACUGAAUUGUUACUAUUAUUGUUUUCUAGUUAAUUUAUUGAUUUUUUGAUCAAUUUCUUCAAAGAUUAAGUUAGUGGAAAUGUGUAUAUCAUUUGCCACUUACUUUUAACUUUUCCACUACAAGAGUAGUUUCAGGAGAUGGUCCUUUCUUUUCCUUGUCUCAGAGAAUCAUCCUGGCAUUUAAAAACAAUACUAUCACAAUUGAAUUUAGAAAGUAAUGACAAGUGUGCAGUGUGCGUCAUCUCACAGAGACAGCUGGUGCACUCGCACCAUGUGUGUGUGUGUGUGUUAGUCAGGCAUGGAGAACCAGGCAGCGCCCUGCAGCUAAACAGUGUGUUACUGUGGAGGUUCAGACAUGUGGAAAUCUGAAUGUCAUUAUCACUAUUGAAUUUUGUUCUUUUAUGGGCUCUGCUCAUGCAUAUAACUAUCAGAUAAUUUGUUUGUAUGACAGUAAAGCACUAAUUAAAGAAAA